GGAGGAGUGGUCGGUGGGGAAGGAGGAGGAGACGCGCGGGCUGGAGGCGGCGGCGGCGGCGGCGGCGGCGGCUGCGACUUGGCGCUUCGAGCCGGAACCGCCGGUGAACUUGGGCGCCACGCACUGGAAGACGGUUGGAUUUCGUGCAUCAUUCGGGGAUAUUUUUCUUGCAAACCUUGCUUUGGAUUUUAUGUGCUACUGUCUGCGGAACGGAGCAGUAUUUCAAUGUGGAGGUUUGGUUACAGAAGUACGGCUACCUUCCUCCGACCGACCCCAGCAUGUCGGUGCUGCGCUCUGCGGAGACCAUGCAGUCUGCCUUAGCUGCCAUGCAGCAGUUCUAUGGCAUUAACAUGACAGGAAAAGUGGACAGAAACACAAUUGACUGGAUGAAGAAGCCUCGAUGUGGUGUACCUGACCAGACAAGAGGUAGCUCCAAAUUUAAUAUUCGUCGAAAGCGAUAUGCAUUAACAGGACAGAAGUGGCAGCACAAACACAUCACGUACAGUAUAAAGAACGUAACUCCAAAAGUAGGAGACACUGAAACCCGUAAAGCUAUUCGCCGUGCCUUUGAUGUGUGGCAGAAUGUAACUCCGCUGACAUUUGAAGAAGUUCCCUACAGUGAAUUAGAAAAUGGCAAACGUGAUGUGGAUAUAACCAUCAUUUUUGCAUCUGGUUUUCAUGGAGACAGUUCUCCCUUUGAUGGAGAGGGAGGAUUUUUGGCUCAUGCCUAUUUCCCUGGACCAGGAAUUGGGGGAGAUACUCACUUUGACUCAGAUGAACCAUGGACACUAGGAAAUCCUAAUCAUGAUGGAAAUGACUUAUUUCUCGUAGCAGUUCAUGAGCUGGGGCAUGCUCUGGGAUUAGAGCACUCCAAUGACCCCACUGCCAUCAUGGCUCCAUUUUACCAGUACAUGGAGACCGACCACUUCAAACUACCUAAUGAUGACUUGCAGGGCAUCCAGAAGAUAUAUGGUCCACCUGACAAGAUUCCUCCACCAACAAGACCUCUACCGACAGUGCCCCCACACCGCUCUGUUCCUCCGGUUGACCCAAGGAAGAAUGACAGGCCCAAACCUCCCCGGCCUCCCACUGGCAGACCUUCCUACCCUGGAGCCAAACCCAACAUCUGUGAUGGGAACUUUAACACUCUAGCUAUUCUUCGCCGUGAGAUGUUUGUUUUCAAGGACCAGUGGUUUUGGCGAGUGAGAAACAACAGGGUGAUGGAUGGAUACCCCAUGCAAAUUACUUACUUCUGGCGGGGCUUGCCUCCAAGUAUUGACGCAGUUUAUGAAAACAGUGACGGGAAUUUUGUCUUCUUUAAAGGUAACAAAUAUUGGGUGUUCAAGGACACGACUCUUCAGCCUGGUUACCCUCAUGACUUGAUUACUCUUGGAAGUGGAAUUCCCCCGCAUGGUAUUGACUCAGCCAUUUGGUGGGAGGACGUUGGGAAAACCUAUUUCUUCAAGGGGGACAGAUAUUGGAGAUACAGUGAAGAAAUGAAAACAAUGGAUCCUGGCUAUCCCAAACCAAUCACAGUCUGGAAAGGUAUCCCUGAUUCUCCUCAGGGAGCCUUUGUACACAAAGAAAAUGGCUUUACAUAUUUCUACAAAGGAAAAGAGUAUUGGAAAUUCAACAACCAGAUACUCAAGGUAGAACCUGGAUAUCCUAGAUCCAUCCUCAAGGAUUUUAUGGGCUGUGAUGGACCAACAGACAGAGAUAAAGAAGGACACAGCCCACCAGAUGAUGUAGACAUUGUCAUCAAACUGGACAACACAGCCAGCACUGUGAAAGCCAUAGCUAUUGUCAUUCCCUGCAUCUUGGCCUUAUGCCUCCUGGUAUUGGUUUACACUGUGUUCCAGUUCAAGAGGAAAGGAACACCCCGCCACAUACUGUACUGUAAACGCUCUAUGCAAGAGUGGGUGUGAUGUAGGGUUUUUUCCUUCUUUCUUUUCCAGGAGUUUGUGGUAACUUGAGAUUCAAGACAAGAGCUGUUAUGCUGUUUCCUAGCUAGGAGCAGGCUUGUGGCAGCCUGAUUCAGGGCUGACCUUUCAAACCCAGAGGGUUGCUGGUCCUGCACAUGAGUGGAAAUAUGCUCGUGGGGAAGCUUCCAUGAUGCACAGUAUCUGCCGUACUUCAGUCCUUUGUCUUUCUUUGUCAUUCAGUUCUAGGCCUUUCCUCUGCACGCUCAAUGCCCAGUAAAUUUUCAGGAUUACCUAAAGAAGAGGAAAAAAAGAAGAAAAGAUUCUUCUUAAAGGUUUCUAAUAUUAUUUUCCUUCUGAAAUCUGAGCCCAUUUCUCGGGGGAAAAAGCAAAAUGGAAAACCCACAAAUUUUUGCUUAAAGCAAAGGAAAAAAAAAAAGUUAAGCAAAAACCCACAAUUGAACUUUCAGGAAAGUGUGAAGACCCAAAAUAGCUUUGUCUCCAAAGAAGAUCGCUCUCUGACCGCUAUGGAUAGUCUCCUACGCUUCAUUUUUGUCAGGUGGGAGAUCUGGAAUACACAUGCAGGACUUCAGACUGUUGGGACAGCCAUUUUCCAACAAACAAGGGGCCAAAAUAUCUGCAAUAUAGUAACAGCCUUAAUAUACAUCCAUUUUUCAUUUUAUACAGCUGUUCUCAGCUAUGUCCUCAAUGUUUCAUCACAUUUAUAUUCAUAGCUAUCUUCGAACAGGACCAUAUAAUUGUUUUUGAAGUGUUUCUAAACCCCUUCCUGCCAUCUUACCCUGAUAUCAUUGUGAUUAUCUCCCCAAGUUGUAUUAGGCCAUUGCCCCAGGCCUUCCAAGGGUCUGUCAGGAAUAUUCAUUUUAAACAAAACAAGUAGCGGUAUGUCUCUGCAGUGGUUUAAAAUGACAGUUAUUUUACAAGGAUUUGUGACAUUAGUAGUACAUUGGUGUAACCCUUUGAGAACUAUCAGAUCAGCUUUCAGAGUCAGGUUUGUCAGUCUUGCUGUCUGGCAAAUUAUAGAACUGGGCAAUGGUAAAAAGCAGGCACAGGUUCCAGAAGUUCAGGUUUUAAACAGACACCCUGUAACCCCAUGUAAUUUUAAAGUGAUUUAUGGUACUACAUAAAUGCAUUUAUAACAAACAAGAAUGAUGUUACUUGCCAAAACUUUUCUGGCAAAUAAAAAGGUAUUUUAUUAAGUAUCUGGCAAGAGUGAAAUUUUAUUUGAGCAACUGAUUACAAUAGCCUUCUUAUUUCGUUCGUAGAUAUAUUGAAUUUUUGUUUUAAAGUCCAUUGCAUGAAACUUCAGUUUGUCUUGGUACAUGCAGUGAGCCCUACCAUUUUUAAAAUGCACAGAAACGAUGACUCUGAGAUCUCAUGCAUAUCCUCCAGCACAUUACCUAUUGCAUGGCAAACAUAGUUCUCAAAGGGUUAGUGUGGCUGCUGGCAUUUAGCCAUCCGUUUGAUCACUGACAGAGCCAAGAGACCACCAAAGCGUUUCGUUGUUGAGUGUAAUUUGUCCUAACAGCAGUAUUGUCAUUUUCAUGUGACCUGCAGAGCAGGUUUGUAUCAAUAUUUUUUUCCUAGAGAAAAGUCAGCAACUGACAGACCUCUUUAUUGAUUUCUAGGAGCUGCUUCUUGCAGUGAAAGGCUUUACAGCCACUGGGCUGUGAACUUAUUAAGACAUGGUCAGACCGAAUGCACCCCAUGAGUCAGACAUUGGCUUUGUGUGAAAGCCAGCUUUUGGAGGGGAUUAGCUUUUGAAACAAUGAACAGCUUGCAUUGAACUUGAUUAUUGAUCUGUUGACUGUCAUUAACAACUUAAACAUUGUCUUCUGUGAGAAUUUUCCUUGAAGAGUCCUGUUCUGUGUCUCUGCCCUUUGACCUUUAACUUGCAAACUGGCACAAACUGAAGGAAAUCUGGUGUUGCUUCUCCAUUGGAGUGCUAAUUGUUCUCUAGAAACCUUGCAAACAUGAGCUGUUCCCUUAGAGUGGAGAGUGUGGACUAUAGAUGUACAGAUGGACACUUUGCUCUUUACAUGCACACUCAAAAAAUGCCCUAUAGGUAGAAGUGACUUUUAAUUUUCCUUUAAUAUAAUUUUGAGUCUAAAUUCAUCAUUUUAGUAUAAAUAUAAAACCAUAGGGAAAAAAAGAAAACCUCAAAAUACUUGAAUGGCCAAUGUGGCUUUUAUAUAAGCAGGAAUUUUAUACUAGUAAAAAUUUCUUACUCAUUUGCUAAUAAUACACAUUUCCAGAUGAUUUUUAAUGAGUGUAGGUAUACAUUCUUAUUUGGAAAUGGAUAGUUUGGCUGCCUUGAAUUUAUAUUUAUACUCAACAUAGCAUGAAAAUUAGAAAGACUUUCGGUUGAACAUGUUUAUAAUUUGGUUGGGGAAAUAUUUUGUAAUCAUAGGUGGCAUGCUGCAAAGCCUUGCGGAUUGUUGUUUCUUACAACCUGGAUGUAAAAUGUAAGGCAAAGAAAAAAGAACAGUUGAAAAGGAGGAAUGGGUUUACAGCUAAACAUUAUGCAAUACAGAUUGUAUUUUGACGAGAUGCCAGAGAUGAUGUGUGUGAGGGCCAAGAAAGCAAGGGGGAGGAACGAUCAUCUCUGCAGCUUUAUUUCAGUGCUUCCAUUCUAGACAAUGCUGAUAUUAUAAAGAGUUUGUCACUUCUGCUGAGCACGGAGGAUUAUAUACAUAAGUUCACUUACACAGUGUUUGCUUGUGAGGGGGUUUAAUCCUUUUAGGACCUUGUUCUCAAGAAAAAGAAAUGACUGGAAAUUAUAUUUUCCUAAAGGGAGAAAAAAGGAACUAUGUAACUUUGGGACAUGUGUAAAUCAUUGAGGAAUUCCAUCAACCUGCAUUGAAAACUAAUAUUUUUUUCCUCUAAAAUGGGAAAGAAACUGAAGAAGCAAUCUUUUGCCUCUUUACUUAUUUGUCACAAUAUCCUGACUCAUCACAAGACUAUAAGUAUAUAAGGGCUAGAAAAUAAUCUUAGCAUGAAGAAGGGAAGACUCUGUCAUUAUUGAAUUAUGGAAAUGUCAUGAGUAUUAGGUCAUAUUUAUUUCAAAAUGAGAUGAAACUUAUGUGAUAAGAAAAGACAUAUGCAUCUUCUCUCUUUACCAAAACAUUUAAAUUUUCAGGCUGUGAGACUACAAGAAAUAAGAAAGUAUGAAAUACAACAUAAUCACAAACAUCGAGAUUAUAAAUGUUUAUUGUACACCAGGCACUUUGUGAGUAUGGUUGCUGACUCCUCUUCCACUGGGGUUUUGGAAAAUAAAUCUCAGUCCUAAUGGAAUAAUGAAAGGGAGAGAUACUAAUUGGUCUAGCACAUAAGAACAGUGGUUCCAAAACAACAUGGACUAAAUUUCAACAAUGUAAUAUACUAGUUCAGUAUAAUAGAAAGAUACAGCCUAUCGAAUAUUUUUCAUAAUCCCAUCAUUCAUAGCAUGGAAAGGUCAGGUUUAGUUUCCCAAAUUUAAAUGAAAACCCAUUCAUGAUCACCAAAAAAUAAUUCUCCUUGUGUUUCAUUAUUUCUCAUUACUUUAAUAUAAAUACAAAUGUAAACAAGGUAAUGUUCCUUAUCUAAAUUAACUAUGUAGUUUAUGAUUGUAGCCAAAUAUUGUUCUCUAUAUUAUUAACAAGUCUGAAUGAAGUAUUUAAAUAGAUGAUCAGUCUGUAUUCUCUAUAAAACAGUAAAUCCACAUGAGACCUGUAGAAGAGGUUGUGAAUUUAACUAUUGACUCAUUUCAGAACAAAGUGUCUGCUGACAUGGCAAUCAGAACAGAUGAAUACAGAUACUCUUUACAAUUGCAAAGGUAACACAUAAAUUAGAGAACAUUAUAUGAUAAGCAAGACAACUUCUAUUAUAAAUCAGAGGGCAAGGCUUUUCUGAAUCAGAUAUAAUAAAUUACUAAGUAAUAAUUUACAAAAAAUAAUUACUAAGUAAUAUAGGAUAGAGACUGACUUACUGAAUAAGCAAGUGUUACUUCUACUAGUCAGAUUGCUUGUAAUCUUUUUCUAUUGACACACAAUUUGUUCCAAAUACAAUAUACUUAAUUUUAUUCCCUUUCUGUGGGUGAUUAAAAAAUAGCAAUGUGGUGGAUGAGAACAUUGCCCAACUUCACUAGUAAUUCCAAUACAUGAAUGAUGUGUAUAUACUGGAUCCUGGGCAUAGUAAUAUAAUCCUUUUCAAGAUCUAUGUAUUAUACUGAUAUCUCUAGUAUGGUACGAACACAUACCACACUUUGUGGGCCUUACGGUAGAAUAACUAAUGUAUCCAUAUUGACUAAACGCAAUGCUAUCUGGAAAGGAAUAAUUAAAUAGACUGAGUUAACACAUGAAUCAAGGAAAGAGUCUUUUUUUAAGUUUUGGAAUUACUUCCGGAAACUAAUAAAGGUGGUGAUUUACUGAUAGUGUUGUCUGUGAGACUGUAACAUACACUGAAACAACCUCAUGAAUGGUGGUGAAAUGUUUGUCAUCAAAUAUGACAAAGACUUCGUUUAAUUUUGGAUGCUCUUAAGAGCACAUUCCAAAAUAUCACCAAUGUCAAACAAAGCAUGCCAUCUAAACCAAAAAUAUUGAAUUCAAAUGAGCUAUUACAAAUAGCUGUGAGUACAAUCUCAGCCAAUAUAUGAUAUCAAAAGUUUAAGCCAAUAGUAUUAGAGGAUCAACUGUUCCACUGCAUCUCAUGAUACUGAUUUAUUGUGAUCACAGGUUAUAACUGGCAGAGCAUAUGUGUCUGUUACAGAUUCCAUGUUGCCUAGAAGGGAACCAUAGCUACAUAGAAAAGCUUUAUCAGUUACAUUUAAAAAUUAGAACUUUAUAUAAUAAAGAAAGCACCAACCAAGAAUAGCACCCUACCCUAAAUAUGAAAGCUAAAUAUUAUAUUUAUAAAUAUAAUGGAAAUGGAAGAAGAGGAAAAAUGCAUCUUUUGUAAAAUAUAAAAGUAUACUAUAGCACUCCUUAUUAAAACUGGAAACUUUAAUUUAGCAAGUAUAAAAAUAGUAAAGAAAAAUGCAACUUUCAAGCUUCACCCUAGUGAAGGGUAUGUGACAUAUCGAUGUAUAUAAUUAGCCAGUGGUCAUUAGAUGUUACCCUGCAUAAAUACAUUGGAUGCCCAUGCAUUGUCUUAUGGGGUAAAGUGUCAAAGUUAGAUGUUCAGUAACCUCAGUUGGAAAGAUAUAUAACGUUAGAAUCUCUUGAGAAAAGCCAUUUCCCUAGGAUAGAAAUUUACCUCAAUAAUCAUAACACAAGAACACUUGGCAGAGAGCAAACAAGUUGCCUUAGUGUUAUAGUCUCCUCUGAUGAUAACCUUUGUUCUUUCCUGUACUAUUUAAGUAAUUUUUCAUUUGUUUCCGUUGGUGUAAUUUUGAAAUGAAUCUGAGAUAUUUUAAGUCAGGUUAAUAACAUCCAAUUACAAAUAGUCUCUCAAUAUUUUAUACAUCUACUUCAAAAUUUAAACCAAUAGUGUGUAAAGCCUAAGAACACUGAUUUGACAAAUUCACAGAAGUUGAGUGAAAGGUGGAUUUGAUAUUGUAAUAUUUCUGUCAAUUUUGUGGUAGAAUACUGACGUAGCAGCAUUUCAUUUUAAACAUAAUCGUGAGCUUAUAACUGGACAUGACACGUAUCAUUUUUUAGAACAAUGCCAAUUCUUCAUAUUAAGUAUAAAAUUGUGAGUGCUGUAACAGCACUUCAUAGACACUUCAUAACUAAAGCUCUUUAAGGAAAACAAGGGCAUAUCCAAUAACUCAUGGUCAGUGUACAGUAAGUAUAAAAAGUUACAUGUGAAAGAUACUUAUUUCUGAAGUUCCUAGGCCUUUUCAAUUUAAAGAGCAGUGUGUCUUAGAAUUUAUCUUAUAUUAAUAUUGGACUGGAAAUAACAUUUAAGUUUGCACUCACCAUGUUCUUACAUUCAAGGGCACCCUGGACAGUGUAGGACAAAUAUAAAUUAGAAUGUUGUGCUGAUUCACAUAAUUGUGCCAUGUGCUCUGUUAUAGAGCUGGAUUUAUAUGCCCUUAAGAAGGGAGAAGAAAGCCAAUUAAAUAUAAAUAUGAAAAUAUGAUAAUUGUAUCAUAUUAGGCCACUUAGCUUCAGAGUCAAAUGUCAUUAACCCUUAUUUCACAUAAAAAAAAAACAAGAAUGGUGAACAUGAAUAAAAUUAUUAACUUUUUGACUUAUGAAGAUGUUUCUGGAGUAUUUUAUUCACUUGUUUUUUCUACUAAAAAUAUCCCUCAAAACACAGACAUUUUGGUAGCACUUGGUCCAUAGCUAGAUUGGAUCCCAGUCUUAAUACUUUUGACACAGGCUUUUUUAUACCUGCCUCAUAUACAAUGAAGCUUGGUGAGAUGUGACUGCAUGCUAAGAUGCUCUUUCCUAGGGUAGGAUAUGGUGCUGCCUGUACAUGCCACCUUUGGAAUGAAUGUAUGUCUCUACAUUGGCCUGGCUGGCCAAGAUAUGAAUGAAUAAAGCCUGGCGUGAGCUGAGUAUUUGAAAAGUCACUAGAACGCAUGUCUCAUUUGUUCUUACGUAAUGCCAGUUGUAACUUGUUCCCUCUCUGUAUAUUGGCAGCCCAGUUGUGAAGAUGAAACAUACUUUUCUUGAAUGAAUGAUUCAAUCCUUAAAUCAGUGUCAUAGCAUUUUUUUGCUACCACUGAAAUAACAUCACAGAGGCUACAUUAUUGCCUGUCUUCUCACAGCUCUUUAAUACAUACCACUGCCUGGGUAAGAUUAGGUUAUUUGUUCUUUUUGUCACUUCUUUUGUAUCAGACAUGGAAUCCAUUAUCCCUUUAUAUGUUCAUAAAUACAAACGUCCACAAUCUUAGUUACUUUGUUGCUCCAAACAAACAUGAUUCCCAAACAAGGAUGAUUGUGUGCCUGGUUUUUCUCCUCCGCCCAUUCUGAAAUUAUUUGUUUUGCUUUCUGUGUGUCACCCAAAAAUACAGCUGGUUGGGAAGGAUGUAUUUAUUUUUGUGUUCUCUUAUGCAGUCUGUGCCUGUAUUUGCAUUCCUUUCCAUUUCCAUCUUGUCCCUUAUUUUCACAGAUUUGAAUUUUCCCUUCCCUUUGUGAAAACCUGAAUGGAACAGCAUAGUACAUGCCCAGAAAAUAUGUCUUUGUGCCUCAUUAUUUUCCUUCACAAGUUCCAUGCAAAGACUUAGUCCCAGUCCAUUUCACACACCUCCCAAUUUCUUGCAUUGGAUUCUAAUUUUUUAUAUAUUCCCUUGAGAAAAGUGAAAUGCUGAGUAUGGAGGCUGGUGUCUGCUGAUAAGCAUGCUAAGGAAGUUUCCUUUUGGAAAAUGUAUCUUAAAUAAUUAUACAGGAAAAUAAAUACCAUUAUAUAUAGUGUUCUGUUUAAGGUACCUCGAGUACCUAAAUGCCUCAAACCUCUAUUCUUUGGUCUAUUUCCCUUUAGGUGUAAAUUACAUAUGUAUUAAAAAGAGAGAGAGAGUAAAAGAAUAAGGGGUUUUGUAGUGGCAGCUUUUUGCUGCAUUGGUUUUGACCGCAUCGUAUUUCUGUUGUGGACCUCUAUUUUCAGGGGUUUUAGAAGCUCGCCCAUAAAAAUUUGCUUCAGGCUUAAAAGUCUUGAAAGAUUUUUUUUAGGUAUAUAAUUUUAAACAAAUAUAUCUUGUUUUUAUAUUAUAGGAGGGAAAUAAAUGGAAUUUACUGGUUCAGUUUUGUGCUAAUAUAACUUUUAAUAAGCCUAAUUUUUUAACAAAAACAUAAAAUUUAAUUAGUCCAUAGUCUGUUGAUGGUUUUUAAAAAGAGUCAAUUACUGACAUUGAAAAAAUUGCCUGCUUCAUCAGUGUAGUAACUUAUCUUCAAGGUGAUUUAAAACUUGUAUACCUGUAUUAACAUUAUCUUGAUCCCAGUAAGUAGAUCAGUAUGAUAAUGAAUGCAAUUUAUGCCAUCCAUAUGAGCUAUCUGGUAAUAUAGAUUUGGAAAUAUAUAGAGUGUGUAUAUGUGUGUGUGUGUGUGUGUGUGUGUGUGUGUGUAUACACACAUACACAUACUAGGGAGAUUAAGGGGAAAAAGCUUCCAUAAAUUUAGCUUGUCAAAUAAAUACCAUAUAUAUUCUUUUCAAUUCUGCAUUUAUCUUUCAGAGUCAGAAUGAGAUGCAAGCAAUUGCAAAGGAAAAUUGUCUCUUGGGUAAACAAUACACCUUUUGUAGCUUCUAAUGAAAAUCAUUUUUCUUUUCUACAUUGUGGUUAUGGGAAAUUAAAAGAAUUUAAUGCAUAAAAUUAAUGCAGACUUUAUUUAAAUAACAUUAAACUGUGAAGGAGAAACACUAGAAAAUUAAAUAUUUAGGCCAUUGUCUUUGGUUGUCUGACAAUACUUUACCUUUAUCUUAAUUCCCAUGAUAUUUUCAAUUAUGGAGAGAGUAUUAAAAUCUAACUUUAAGAUUCUGGAUUGUUCACAUUGCACUCAACACCACCUCCUUACGUUUUUGAUAAUAUGUAGUCUUCUGUGUGCAAGGAAAGAAAGAAAUAACACAUUUAUUUGCUGAAUGAGUUUUAAAGUUUGCCAACUGUUAGUGGCUUUUUGCCCACACAGGACACUAUACAUUUAUACCAUCUUAAAUCUGACUUUUUUUUUUUUCAGAUAGCUUCUACUGACAAACACAAAGCUUGUUUGUGUGCAAAUAUAAGGCUAAAUAAAUGGUGCUAAAGUGUAUUAUGACUGUCAGAUAUAAUCAGGCAAAAUUUUGUGGUGCUUAAAUUAAUUUUUUCAUUGAUUUUAUUGAUCAAUGCAUUGAACAGUGUUUAUUAUUCACAAGUUGUCUUUUAUUAGUAAAUCAAGGCCUCAUAGCACAUUGUUAAAUAAAAUGAUUGAUUAGUCUAUGUAACAGCUCACCAAGCUACUAUCUCUUAACUCCUUAUAAUGUUGCGUCAUUAAAGGUCAAGGGGUCGUGCUAUUAAUCUCAUUGCUGUAGACCAUUAACAUGACUGAACUUUUCCACAAGUACUUAUGUUUACAAUGCUAUAACCCUUUGACUGCUGCGGCAACCUUUAACCACACAAAUGUCACAAGCUAGAAUCAUCAGCAUGGUUCUUGCCAUGGCAAUCAAAGAGUUAAGGGCUGUGCAGUGAUUUGUUUGUAUUUAUUAAUUUAUAUUUAUUUUGUUUUCAUUCUAGGAGGGGAUUUUGGGUGGGGCAGUUUUUGUCUGCUGUAAGUGUCUUAACCUAGGGAAGAGUUAAAUGGCUUUUUAUACUAUUGCAUCUUCUGUAUUUACCAUCAAUUCAUUGUGUUGUAAUUAAAAAACUGUCAAUAAAUAAGAGAACAGAAAAAUUGUUCAUAGA